UGUAGACUGAAAAAUAUUGCACCACACAAAACAACAACUCGUGCGUGUGUCGACCGUCGCCUCGCUCGAAAAAAGAUGGUGCUAUAGCUAGCUGACCUGGGGAGGAAGAUAACGACCGCUCUGCGGUUCCUUGGCAACGCCACUGUUAUCAAUGAAGAGGUCCUCCAGGCUAUGCUGAAGGAGAUAUGUACGGCUCUUUUGGAAGCUGAUGUGAACGUGAAACUUGUUGGGAAGCUACGUCAGAAUGUCGGAGCUGCCAUAGAUUUUGAGGACAUGGGAGCGGGACUCAGCAAGCGCAGGAUCAUCCAGACCUCAGUUUUCAACGAACUCUGCCAACUGCUGGACCCGGGUGUGCCGGUCUGGCACCCCACGAAGGGUCGGUCAACUGUCAUCAUGUUUGUGGGUCUUCAGGGCAGUGGAAAGACUACCACUUGUACCAAGAUACGUAACAUAAUAAUGAUUUUAUCGGCUAUACGGAGUGGAUCCAGUGGUGAUAGCUCAGGAGGAGUGGAUAAAUCCAAGGAAGACUCUUUGAAGUCAUCAUCGUUGACACCAGGUGGAGGGAGCAUCCAGAGUCCCGUACCCCCGGAGCCAUCUCCCAUCACCCCCAGUCCUCUGGUCACGCCACACAGCCAGGAGAGCAAGGCUGAGACUGCCCAGGAGAAGACUGCCAAGUCAGCCAGCCCGGGACCAGAGGCUGCAGACUCCAGUGAGGCCAAACCUGAGAAAGAAGGUCCUGCCACGAUGGGAGAGACGGUGGAAGAGGGAGACGAGGGGGAGAUGACAGGGGUGGGGGAGGAGGAGGGGGGAGGAGGGAAGGGGAAGGAAGAGAGGGAGGGGGGAGAGGGAGAGAGGGCCAAACCAAUGGAGGAAACUGGGGAGCAGGCUCAGACAAGUCCCCAGCCAGAAGGUGACUCAUCCCAGCAACAGGCCACACCCACCUCGUCAGAGGAGCCAAUGGAACACAGACACUGUGUCUCGUGCUGUGUGUUUUCAGACUCUCUCACUUCACAUAGUGUCUGACUGUGUACAGCCUUAUUCUGUCUUACACCUACAUACAAAUCUGACUUUGAUGUAAUAAUCUUUUGACAACACUUACAUACUGAUUCAUGGUAGCUAAUUGCAUGCUGGUUUGUUGAAGUUGCCUAUCCUUUCUGUGUAUUAUUUUCCUGAGACACAUGUGCUGUUAUUAACCCUCGGCGCGCAUGCGCAGCGAGGGUUACGGUAUUUUGCUCGUUAUAAAUUACUUGGCUAUAAUAGUAAUAACGUCAGAUGCUAUUUGUCGGACUCGGAACCGAAGAAGAAAUAUGCAAAAGAGGCGUGGCCUGGGAAGAAGCCUACUGCUCAUUUACUGUUAUAAUUGCACAUGAUAUCAAUCAAUGAUAAUUAACACAUACUGAAGACAUUUGUGGUCCCUUCAGAUGUGCAGUGCAGUAUGCAUGUACACUGUGGCCAUGAU